UUUUGUCUCUAGUGUUACUUUGAAUCAAUAACUGCUGACAUUUGUAUAUAAAUUACAGCGAUGCAGCGUUGUUUAAUUCUACGCUCUUCUAACGCUCGUGAGUCAGUUUCCUCUUUUGUCUGGCGGCUGGGAUGAUGCCUCAUUCAUAUUUUCAAAAAGGGAAACGCCUAUCUGUUGAUAGCAUCUUGGGUUUAUAACGCAGAUCCUAUUGCAGCUGAUUUAAAGCGACUGCGCAGAGCUGGAGAGGCGCAGCAGAGGAGUGUUCACACAGCACCAACCAGCCACCAUGCUCAAGACGAGAACACCACAACUCACAAUAUCCGCUGUCAAGAGAGGAAUUAUAUCUUCAACGUGAGGCGCUUCUUAUAAAUGCAAACUGUAUGAUCAGCCUGGGAAAUCUAGGACGACUUUCAGCUCUUGGCCUGAAAGGCAGCUGCGUUGCGCGUAGGAUCCAAAAACUAGGCAACCGAGAACACUUAUAUUCUUGUUUUGUUCGGAGAAAACCCCACAUGAUGAAAUUUAAGCCCAAUCAGACAAGGACAUAUGACGGAGAGGGCUUCAAAAAACGAGCAGCCUGUCUGUGUUUCAAGAACGAUCGGGAGGACGAGGUAUUACUUGUUAGCAGCAGUCGACAUCCAGAUCAGUGGAUCGUUCCAGGAGGAGGGAUGGAGCCGGAAGAGGAGCCUGGAGGAGCCGCGGUUCGAGAGGUCUAUGAGGAGGCUGGUGUGAGGGGCACCCUUGGCAGGAUGCUGGGGGUGUUUGAGAACCAGGACAGCAAGCAUCGGACCUACGUGUAUGUGCUUACUGUUACAGAGACACUGGAAGACUGGGAGGACUCGGUCAAUAUUGGUCGGAAGCGGAAAUGGUUCAAAAUCGACGAGGCGAUCCGGGUGCUUCAAUGCCACAAACCUGUCCACGCGGAGUAUCUCCGCAAACUCACUCCUCGCUGCGGCCCCUCGAACGGCAAUGCUCAGGAGCCGGCGAACACAGACGACAAUGCCCCCCUCCACCAGACAGCCCCACAUGACUGUGGACUACCCCAUUUGCACAGAUAGAACUGCCACCAGAGGGUAUCGAUGCAAGGGAAACUAUCCUUGGACUGGAAAAGACAGUUUUGCAUGUAUAAUUUCAAUGUUUACUAUUUGAACCUCUUUUUUUAAGUGUAGAAACCAAAGGCUUGUUGUGAAAUGCCUGCAAGUUUCUGGGUCAAAAUGAACAAGGAGAGUUAUUUCCAUAACUUUUCAUUUGUAAACGUGCAUUUCAGGCUAAACAAGGUGAAGUUAUUUGAAGAUUGUGAUGUUAAGUAUUAAGCACAGAUUAAUGGAGAUGCUUGCCCUGAUGGACAUUUUGGAAAUAUUAUUUCACAGAUGGCUUUAGGUGGAGGAACACAAUGAGGGAUGUGCCAAGGUUUGAUUGUUUUUUAGAAUGGAUAACUAGGAUGGUCUUUUGAAAUGCUGUCUAUUUAUAUCUAAUAGAUAACUAGGCAUAUUUGUUAGGUAUUGGGUAUAUAAAAAUUCUUGAUGAACCAAAUAAGAAAAAAAAAAUCUAAUCAUGAAUUAUAGAAUAUGUAAAUAGUCUAAAAGAAGAUUUGGGCUGCUUUUGAUUAUAUUAGAUGCCUUCAUCACAGAUAUCUACCUGUAAUAUAGGUUUAACAUGCUGUGAAGUUGAAGGUAUUUUCAAAGUUUGGUCUUAAAUGUGAAUUUGCCACAUUAAACGGUGCAAUCUGAUCGCCCUUCUUUGUUUUUGCACAUAAAGGUUUAAUUUUCCAUCUCCUGUAAGGCGGAAGAACUACUUUUGAGCCACUGUCUCUUUAAUUUGGUAAAAUGUGAAAAAAAAAAUAUAUAUAUAUAUGCUCCCGGUGUCAUUGGUCCAUGAAAGACUAUGGAAUGCUAUGCGGUUUAUAUUGCCUGAAGUGAUAUUCUGAAUAUUUCAGAAAAAGAAGGCAAAAUACCCAAAGUUAACCUUAAUCUAUCGUCAAACCAGUGUUUUCUUAAGGCCACAGAAAUGCAAUGUACAUGUAUUGUCAUCAUAUUAAUAAUUCUCACAUCAAUAACUCAAAUAGCUGAGGAGGAAUUGUAUUUAAUUUUGCAUACUACUUUGUUCAACUGGGGCCUUUGCAAUCUUCCAUAAUAAACUUUAUGUGGAAUUCA